UAUUAUAUAAGAAGUAGCCAAUAAACAUUGUCAGUCCAUAAAAAAAAAAAGCAAAGGAAAAUAUAGGGAUCUGCAACAACAAAAAUGGCCAGUUGUAGUGAAAAUAAUAAGCUUGUAAUUAGAGGAGAUUUGAAGGAAAUUAAUGGUGUUAUAAAGCCAUCUUCAUCAAGCAAUGAAGGCUCAAGUAAUAGCAAAGAGGAAGAUAUUCUUGAGUCAGCUAAAGCAGAAAUGGGAGAAGUGAGAGAAGAAAACCAAAGACUGAAAACAAUGCUACAACAAGUAGAGAAAGAUUACAAGUUGCUAAAACUUCGUUUCUUCAACAUUCUUCAUCAAGAAAAUCCCAAAAAAUCUGAAGAUCUUUCAGCUGAUCCACCUCGUAAUUGCGACGGAACCGAGGAAUCUGCAGAAUUAGUUUCACUUUGCCUCGGAAGAUCCACUCCGUCUCCAACCGAGCCGAAAAAAUGUUCCCUAGAGUUGGAAGCCGGCAGCUUGAGCCUCGGUUUGGACUCGAAAUUUGAGACGGCGGUUUUGAACCGUAGCUCGUCGAAUAGUUUGGAAAGAGUAAAGGACGAUGAAGGCGGUGCUGCCGGGGAACAGACAUGGCCACCGGCUAGCAAGGUUAAUAAUCUAAAGAGAAGUAUUGACGAUGAGGUUGCUCAACAAAGUAAUGCUAAGAGAGCUAGGGUUUGCGUUAGAGCUAGAUGCGAUACUCCAACGAUGAAUGAUGGGUGUCAAUGGAGGAAAUAUGGACAGAAAAUUUCCAAAGGGAACCCAUGUCCAAGAGCUUAUUAUCGAUGCACAGUUGCCCCAGCUUGCCCAGUUAGAAAACAGGUACAAAGAUGUGCUGAAGACAUGUCAAUCUUGAUAACAACGUACGAAGGAACACACAACCAUCAACUUCCUAUUACAGCUACAGCCAUGGCUUCCACUACAUCAGCAGCUGCUUCCAUGUUACUAUCUUCUUCAUCCCAUUCUUCUGCUACUGCUACUCAUAAUCAUCACACCAAUGGAUUCAAUUUCAGUAGCCUCUACGACAAUUCAACUUCCAAACAAUUCUACUUAUCAAACCCUAGUUCCUCACCUUUAUUUCCAACUAUUACUUUAGACCUUACUUCUAAUUCAUCCUCAAGAUUGUUCCCAUCAACCAAUAAUCUCAACUUUUCUUCGGCUCAAUCCCCCGUUUUACCGCCUUUUUGGAGCAACCAAACCUAUAACGGAUCCUUGAUGAACAAGCAACACCUACAACAAAUGCAUCAUCAGCCCGCAGCAGGUUAUUCGCAGCUGGCAUUGGCAGAAACCCUAACGAAGGCGAUAACUUGCGAUCCAAGUUUCAGGACUGUGAUAGCUUCUGCUCUUUCAUCAAUGAUGGGAAGCUCAAGUUCAAGCCAAGGAAUCAAAAUGGCCGCAGAAAGUUCUUCUGGUAAGAAAGUUGUGGAUGCUAUCAACUCGUUGACGCAAACUGCGAAAGGACCGUCGUGUGCUUCGAGCUACUUCAGUGGCUUGUCGUCGUCUUCGACUUCUCAAAUGGGAAGUCUGAUGCAACCUGCAACAUUGCCGUUUUCCAUAUUUAACAGUGCGACCUCGUCUAUCGAUACUAAUAAGAAGGAUCAUAAGAGUUAGAUACAGCAAGUGUUGAAUUUAAGAAAAUGGCAAAAAAAAAUGUUGAUGCUGUUUUCUUAUUUUUAACAUUCCUUCAUCUGUAUGCCAUUUGAUUUCAUAAAACCUUGUUUUUUAGACAUUAAUUAAGCUAUAUUUAUAGAGAGAGAUAGCAUUCAGUUA